AUGGCCUCCAAGAAGCAGCAGCAGGAAAUGGUUCAGGUCGCAACGGACAAUAAGAAGAUAAUAGGCGCUUCUUAUUCGCAUGCCGAUAUACUAAAGUUUGACACAUUAUCUGUCUCGGGUACAAGUUCGCGCCCACGCACCCCGCCUUCCGCGACCCAUAGUCGCGAGUCCAGUAUCCCUGCCGCUCGAUCUAGUAGCACGAGAUCGCCUCCACCACGCGCGACAUAUACUUCAUUUCUAAGUGAAACGCAUAAUGAUUGGAACGACGGCGAAGACGACGAAGGCGAUAUCAUGUUCGAGGAUGACGAAGACGAGUUUGGACUACCCAGUAUAGCGAGCAUGCGAAGGAAAGGCCGCCGGAAAGAACCAACAAAGGGUAAAGAUCCCGGAGGAGCGGGUAGGAAUAGCCUUGGAUCAACUGCAUGGCGGGCUAUAGACAGCGGCGACAUUGCCGAGGAGAGAGGCAUACCCAACUACCCCACAGCGAAGAAGUCGGAAGGCAAGAUACUGCGGCCACAAUACCAGGAAAUAUUGCGCGAUCCCGCGAACUCGUUACACCUGAUAUCGCACCCUUCAAUCCAUCCUACAGCCUCCGUGAAAGAGAUUGAGGAACAUUCAGCACGAAUAUCGCGGAUAAAUAAGUUUAAGCGCAUACUACAAGCAAGUACUAUAUCCCUGUCGGAACUUCGCGACUCAGCAUGGUCGGGGAUCCCAUCUGAAGUGCGCGCUAUGGCAUGGCAGGUGUUGCUUGGAUAUUUACCUACUAGCACCGAGCGUAGGGUUGCGACACUCGAAAGAAAAAGAAAGGAAUAUCUAGAGGGCGUGCGGCAGGCUUUUGACCGGGGCACUACGGGCAGCGCGGGCGCUGUUGCCGCUGGUGUUACAGGAGCUUCAUCCAUUCCUUCAGCGAACCGUGGACGGGGUCGCGGUCUAGACGAGGCCAUCUGGCACCAGAUCAGUAUCGACGUCCCCCGAACGAAUCCACAUCUCGAGCUGUACAGCUACGAAGCCACACAAAGGUCAUUGGAACGGAUACUGUACGUUUGGGCGAUACGACAUCCUGCAUCAGGCUACGUACAAGGUAUCAACGACUUAGUCACACCCUUCUGGCAAGUCUUCCUCGGUGCCUACAUAUCAGAUCCAAAUAUCGAAUUUGGCAUGGAUCCCGGUCAAUUACCGAAACAAGUUCUAGACGCUGUCGAAGCUGACUCAUUCUGGUGUCUCACAAAGCUCUUGGACGGCAUUCAGGAUAAUUACAUCUCGCAACAACCAGGAAUCCAGCGCCAGGUCGCUGAUCUCAGGGACCUGACUACGAGGAUCGAUGACAAGCUGGCGAAGCAUCUACAGAACGAGGGCGUUGAGUUCAUACAAUUUAGCUUCAGGUGGAUGAACUGCCUUCUGAUGCGCGAGAUAUCCGUUGAGAACACGAUUAGGAUGUGGGAUACCUAUCUUGCCGAAGAAGAUGGAUUCUCCUCCUUCCACCUCUACGUCUGCGCCGCCUUCCUCGUCAAGUGGUCCGAUGAGCUGCGUAAGAUGGACUUCCAAGAAAUAAUGAUGUUCCUACAAUCGCUGCCGACACGGCAAUGGACAAACAAGGACAUUGAGCUAUUGUUGAGUGAAGCGUUUAUAUGGCAAAGCCUGUUCAAAGGUAGCGGCGCGCAUUUGAAGAAUACGGGGUCUAAGGGGAAUGGAGGCGUGGGAAUGGGCCCGAAUUUCUGA